UUUGCUUGCUUUUUUGAAUUCAGGGAGUGAGUUGAACAGAGCCACCUAUCAAAUGAGCGUAUACAAUGGGCUUAAAAUCGCAACAAAACUUAUUUUCGUAACUUAAUCUUUUUGUUUUGCACUUUAGAUGAACUUUGCGUGUCAUUGCGAGGACAGCGGUGUUUACGUGCGUACGCUUUAGUUUUAAUCAAUAGUUCGGCUAACAUAAACUCGGAGUGCCUCAGCUGGUUCAGCAGCCAGCUGAACUCUAAGUGUUUCUUCAUUCAUCAAAACCGUUCCAGCACAUAUCUGAACUUCUCCAACUUUUAGACGUUUUUGAUAUUCUGGACAGGACUGGGUCGCCACCCCUUGUCACAGCGCCAUGGCUGACAGCAGCAUAGUUACUUUAGGGCCGGGCCGCAGCCUGCUGGUGGACUCCUCCGUAUACGACUCCCGGAUGGCCGAGACCUCAAAGGAGCAAUUUUUCAUGGGUCUACACGCAGACGAGACAGAGGACGCAUUGCCCAGAGUUGAGACCAGAGUGGUGUUGGUGGGGGAGGCCGGCAACAUGGCAGAACUUGAGAAAGCUCUUCAGGCCAUCACUAUAAUGGAAGUCCCGGUGGUAAAGAUUAAAGAAGGGCAGCCGGGCACAGAGGCGCGUGAGAAAUUGAUAAAAUCUAUAGUCAAUAUGGAUAUAAACACCCCCUGUAUCAAGACUGACAAUGUCAGAGAUUUUGGUGACGGCGAGAACUGCGAGUUCGAGACUGUGUUUGUGUUGAAAGACUUCCAGGCUCCCGAGUACAGCUUCCUGUACAAGAAUGACAACCGUAUCCUGGGGCCUCCUGCCGUGAUGCACUGCGCCAGCAAGGGAGAGCCUCUGCCGUUCUCCUCCAGACCUCUCUUCUCCAUGACAAUGCUCAACUUAUCUCUCUGCUUCACCGGAUUCCGUAAAAAAGAUGAAGUGGUUACCCUGGUAAAUCUCGUCCAUCACAUGGGUGGCACCAUCAGAAAAGACUUUGACAGCGCUAAAGUCACACACCUCAUCGCCCGUUCAACACAUGGUGAAAAGUACAGGUUGGCGGUGUGCAUGGGCACACCCAUCCUCACCCCUGAGUGGAUACACAAGGCAUGGGAGCACAAAGAUGACAUUAAUUUCCAUGCAAGCAACGAGGAGUUCCGCACAGAGUUUAAAGUCCCUCCAUUCCAGGACUGCGUGCUGAGCUUUCUGGGCUUCUCUGAAGAGGAGAAAACCAACAUGGAGGAAAGGACGCAGAAACACGGUGGACGGGUCCAGGCGGUGGGUGAUGAAAGGUGCACCCACUUGGUGGUUGAGGAGAACUCCAUUAAAGAACUGCCCUUUACUCCCUCCAAAAGACUCUAUGUAGUCAAACAGGAGUGGUUUUGGGGCAGUAUACAAAUGGACGCCCGUGCUGGGGAAACCAUGUACUCUUACGAAAAGCCGGAGAGUCCUGCGAUGAAGAAGGCUGUGUCUCUGCUGUCUCUCACGACACCCAACAGCGGCAGGAAACGUCGGCGUCUUAGAGAAACGUUGGCUCAGCUCACCAAGGAGACAGAGAUUUCUCCCUUCCCACCGCGCAAGAGACCCUCGGCUGAACACUCACUCUCCAUGGGCUCCCUGCUGGACAUCUCCAACACACCUGACACCUGCAAAUCCAGUGGAGAGCGCAGGUGCAGGAGGAGCAGCGGUAGGCGGAGGAGUGCCAGACAGAGUAGAUCAGAGAAAGAGAGGCCACUGCAGCGUACCAGCACUCCUGUGUGCAGACAGGAAGCAGAUCAGACAGAGAAUGCCAAACCCCCCAAAAGCUCAACUCCCGCUCUUCCUAAGCAGUCUGCACGCUGGCAGGUCUCCAAGGAGCUCUACCAAACCGAGAGCAACUACGUUGAUAUCCUGGCCACGGUCCUGCAGCUCUUCAAAUACCCCCUGGACAAAGAGGGCCAGGUGGGAGGCCCCAUUCUAGCUCAGGAAGAGAUCAAGACCAUCUUUGGCAGUAUUCCAGACAUCUAUGAAGUGCACACGAGAAUCAAGGCGGAUCUCGAGGAGUUGGUGAUGAACUGGUCUGAAGAGAGGAGCGUUGGAGACAUUAUCCUGAAAUAUUCUAAAGAGCUGGUGAAGGCCUACCCACCAUUUGUCAACUUCUUUGAGAUGAGCAAAGAGACCAUAGUCAGAUGUGAGAGACAGAAGCCGAGGUUUCAUGCGUUCCUAAAGAUUAAUCAGGCUAAACCCGAGUGUGGCCGCCAGACUCUCGUUGAGCUUUUGAUUCGUCCUGUGCAGAGACUGCCGAGCGUCGCCCUCCUGCUGAACGAUAUAAAGAAACAUACAUCAGAUGACAAUCCAGAUAAAGUAACCCUGGAAAAGGCCAUCGAGUCUCUUAAGGAAGUCAUGACCCACAUAAAUGAAGAUAAAAGGAAAACAGAGGGCCAGAAGCAGAUUUUUGAUGUUGUUUAUGAGGUGGAUGGCUGCCCUGCCAAUCUGUUGUCGUCACACCGGAGUCUGGUUCACAGGGUGGAGACCAUUGCUUUGGGAGACAAACCCUGCGAUCGGGGAGAACAUGUCACACUCUUCCUGUUCAACGACUGUUUGGAGAUCGCCAGGAAGAGACACAAGGUGAUAACUACGUUCCGGAGUCCACUGGGUCAGACGCGGCCGCCGGCCCAGCUCAAACACAUAGCUUUGAUGCCUCUGUCCCAGAUCAGAAGAGUCCUUGACAUCCAAGACACAGAAGAGUGUCAGAACGCCUUCGCCCUGGUGGUACGUCCUCCUACGGAGCAGGAGAACCUGUUAUUCAGUUUCCAGCUGACGGCCGAAGACACCCUCAAAUCCGCCUGGCUCAAAACUCUCUGUCGUCAAGUGGCCAACACGAUUUGCCGAGCUGAUGCGGAAGAUCUCAUUCAGAGCACCGAUCCCGACUCCGUCCAAGUGAGCACAAAGGACAUGGACAGCACGCUCAGCCGAGCGUCCAGGGCCAUCAAAAAAACGUCAAAGAAGGUCACAAGGGCGUUUUCUUUCACUAAAACCCCCAAGCGUGUGCUUCAGAGGGCAUUUAUGGCCAACGGUACCCCGGAUGAGAGAAGUCCUGGCCCUGAUGCCGAUCACAUGGGCCGAAUGUCCAGCAGCUCCACACUUGCUAUGUCUCGUUCUGCCUCUACGUUCAGUCUGACGGGCUCUAUUAAAAGCGCAGUGGUUCAGCGGUCAAACUCUCUGGACCAUGCCCCGCGGCCCAGGGUCCCGGUGUGUGUCCGCACUCCGUGCAGUCCAGAGAGGGCUGAUGAACCGGCAGCUCCCGAAACCCAGCUCAGACCAUCCAUCCUGUCCCUCCCAGCGGCCCAGCCCGUAGCUCCGUCCCGAGAGCUGCUGGCGCCCCCAAAGCCUCAGCGCAGGUUCCCUGGGUCCCCGCGGCGGGAGACCCUCCUGUAGGACUCGCAAAUGCUGUUCAUUCCCCAUCCAUGAUGAACCUGUCCUCCGCCUUUGAGAGGAAAUAUCAUACCUUCAGCCGAUCCACAACUCACCUGUUCUGAACUUUGCAUCCAGCGUUGUAAUUAAUUUCCACACUAUGGUACCACGUCGGCCCGACGCCUCCAGCCCGAGCCCCCACAUGGGUUUAAUUUACAACUCCAGAUCCCAUCAAAUGAAGGACGGCUUGUGUUGAUGUCAAUGUCUGGGCAUAUUUAAUUAGCAAUAAAGAGACAUUUAUAACUGACAUGUUCUGAUUUUAUUAGAAGGGUAGAGUUUCACACAAUUAUUAACCACUGAAAGUAUUUCUUAAAGUUUUAUAAAAUAGGGCCUAAUCUAAACUAAUCUAGUUUUCAGCUUUUAUAAAGCUAUACACAUCUAGCCGUUGCAUUUAAGUGAACAUGCACUGAGCUGCCACGGUAAGGUCUGGUUUAAACGCAUACUUUUAGAAGUGAUUUUUAUUGUUGAUUUAGGGAUUUUGGUUUCUAAAAGUCAAAAGAGUGUUGUUGUGGUCAGCCCUACCAUAUUUAUUCUCCAGAAUCACUUCUAUAAAUAGUUUAUGUAAAUCUUUCUUUUAGACUGUAUUUAUGUGUAAAUAUUGUAUCUUUCCUCUUUGUGAUUGUGUCAUACUAAAAACAGUUUGUCUCCGUUGCUUGUAUUGUUUUGUAGUCUCUGCACUUAUGUCAUGUAUUCAUGUUUCACGUUUGUCUGUAAAAGGGAUUCGUAUAAUGUCUUUGCCUACUGCAGAUUUGUUUGGAGUGGGUGGUUUUAUGUUAUUGCUUUGACUACUUUUGAAGGUGACUUCAUUUAUUCUUUAUCAAUAAAAGAAGCGUUAAGCCUU